CAAACAUGAUGACCUUGCUAAGAUUGUGACAUGGCCAUGCAUGGAAAACGGCUCGGAAAUUAAGCUGACGGCUUAUUUUUUAUUUUGAAACUGUGAAAAUAGUUUUUUUAAACUUAGGACAGUGAAACCACUCAAACCGCCUUCUCCUCCUGUCCGUCGCUAAUCCCUGAGUUGCAGAGUUUAACUUGGGCCCAUCUGUUCAACGCUGUCCUGUAACUGCUCUGGACAAGGCCCGCAAAUGUGAUUAGUUGGAGAUUAUGUCUGUGUGCAUGUGUGCUUGUGUGUGUGUGUUUGAAAUGAAACUCUUCUCAGAAUGAGAUCUAUGUGUACACAAGAGAAAGGGAUGAAACGCGGCAGGGCGUUUGCGUCAUCAAGAGCAACCCCUGGUCCAUCUCAAGUUUUGUUUAUCUGUUCUGCCUUACAUCAUGUUCACUCCCAAGUUUUAAGAAAUAUCGCCCAUGAAGCAAUGAACCUCUGGUCAUAUGACCAUAGAUGGGCUCUCUCUCAGCUGCAUCAUAUUUAUGUACAGAAUAAAAAUAUUUAAUGUAGUACUUUUACUGCUGCAAGUAUGGGUUUAUUUAUUUUAUUUGCAUUUUCUGGUCACAUGAUGAAAUCAUGAUUUUUAUCUCAAUUAUUUUUUACACUAAUUUUUCAUAAUCAUUUAAUUUCUUAAUUGUGAACCUAAACCAUUUCCCCUCGUGCACCCUGAAAUACAGUUACGCCCGAAGAACCUUACUGGACAGCAUCUGUGUGCCAAGCACGUCAACAUAAAUAGGUGCCCGCUUCUGCGGAAGAGGAGCACAAAUCUGAGAAGGAUCGGUAGAAGCAGAUCAUCAUGAGUGGAAGAUCAUGAACAUGCAGCAGCCACCACAAGCAUCAGGAAAAGAUAGGUCUUGACAUAAGAGCCAGCACAGGCUACUCUCGACAUCACCAUGCUCAACUGACACACAAUUGGUGGCUGGACGGGCUAUUCUGAAGCUGAGGAUGAUGUACGGUCUCCCACACUAGAGCUAGAUGGUGUGGGGAUGAUGGACUUCCCAAAUGGCCAAUCUACCAUCAAUACCACUGCUCCAACAUUGUCGGAGAGGAGCAGCAGUUCGGAUUCCCUCAGUGACAAGGGAUCUUCCGAGCUGAAGAAGAGCUUUGAUGCUGUUGUAUUUGAUGUGCUGAAGGUCACUCCUGAAGAAUAUGCCGGCCAGAUUACUCUCAUGGAUGCUCCUGUUUUCAAAGCCAUCCAGCCAGAGGAGUUGUCUAGCUGUGGCUGGAACAAGAAGGAGAAACACAGUUCUGCUCCCAAUGUCGUGGCCUUCACCCGCAGAUUCAACCAAACAAGUUUCUGGGUAUGUCGAGAGAUUCUUCAUGCACAGACAUUAAAGAUCAGAGCUGAGGUCUUGAGUCUUUACAUUCGCACCGCCAAGAAACUGUGUGACAUGAACAACCUUCAUGCAGUGAUGGCUGUUGUGUCCGCCCUACAAAGUGCCCCCAUCUUCAGGCUUAGCAAAACGUGGGCGUUGUUAAGCCGGAAGGACAAGGCAACGUUUGACCGGCUGGACUUCCUGAUGUCUAAAGAAGAUAACUAUAAGCGUCUGAGAGACUUCAUCAGCAGCCAGAGCAUGGUGUCGUGUAUACCCUACCUAGGGAUGUACCUGUCUGACCUCACGUACAUCGACUCGGCAUACCCUUCCACUGGCAGCAUACUGGAGAAUGAACAGAGAUCCAAUCUGAUGAAUAACAUUCUCAGAAUCAUAUCGGACUUGCAGAGAUCCUGUACCUAUGAUAUCCAGGUGUUGCCUCACAUACAGAAGUAUCUCAACUCAGUCCGGUACAUCGAGGAGCUGCAGAAGUUUGUGGAGGAUGACAAUUACAAGUUGUCACAGAAAAUCGAGCCAGGUACCAGCACUCCCCGAGGAAAUGCAUCUAAAGAGGAUCUUGUCUGCCCAGAAGCAUCAGCGUCCCCUCUUUGUGGCCGUAAAUGUACAUUAACUGGGGAAGGUACGAAGGUUCCGGCCACACCCCCCUCACCUCGAAACCUGCUGCCAUAUGGCCACAGGAAGUGCCACAGCUUGGGUUACAAUUUUAUUCACAAAAUGAAUACAGUGGAGUUCAAAAGUGCUACCUUCCCCAAUGCCAGUUCUCGCCAUCUGUUGGAUGAUAGUGUAAUGGAGAGUCACAGCCCGACAAGGGGGCAAGCAGAGAGCUCAACCUUGUCUAGUGGUAUUUCACUUGGGAGCAGUGAGGGCUCGGAGCUCAGUGAAGAAGUGUCCUGGCCGGCUUUUGAGAGGACUCGGUUCUAUCACUCUUUGGGCCCGGUGACCCGUGUAGCCCGCAUCCCCUACAGAGGAGUCCUAAGGCCCAGCAGCUCAGCGGAGUCCGAGGAACUUGCGGUUCACUUGUAUCCAGGAGCAGUGGCAGUCCAGGGAGUGUUGAGACGUAAAACCCUUCUGAAGGAGGGCAAAAAACCAACAGUGGCCUCUUGGACCAAAUACUGGGUUGCUCUCUGCGGAACUCAGUUGUACUACUACCCUGCAAAGUCCCUGAAAGCCACAGAGAGGAAACAUUUCAAGUCAACCUCCACUAAGAGCGUGAGUGUUGUGGGCUUAAUGGCCAUGAUGGCCGACGAUCCAGAACACCCGGAUGUCUUCUUGCUGACUGACUCAGAACACGGUAACACCUAUAAGUACCAAGCAGGCUCGAGGAUGAAUGCUCUGCUUUGGUUCAAGCAUCUGAGCACCGCCUGUCAGAAAAACCGACAGCAGGUACCAGCCAACCUGAUGUCAUUCGAGUGAGGAAGACGUUAGCAGGCGUCGGAAUGAGGAGACGAUUUCACUGCCAUGAGCCCUGACCACCGAUCCUCAGAAGAGAGCCCUGGCCUCACCUGUCACCACUGCCUUAAAUCCACUACCCUGAGCCUGUGCACUCUUGUGAGGAUGCUAUGAAAACGCCGGCUGCGAUAACUACUGAACGAGGACCUACGCCACUGCUCCCGUCUGCCAAUUGUUUCCAGUGGAGUCACUUCUCCCACAGACUGGCCCCGAUGGACCUGAAAAAUCUUUUUUCUUCUUUUCUUUUAAAGCGCAUCUUUUAUCUUCCCCCACACCAUGCACAUAUGCUAGUUUCAAGUGCACACAUGAAUGGAAUCAUUCAGCCACAGCAUGCGCAUACACACUGGAACAUAACCAGCGAGACAAUGAAGAUUUAGAAACUCUUUUUUUCUCUCUGGAUUAGAUGGUACGCAUAGAUUCAGUUGGUAUGUUUGGUCACAUGGCUUGAAGUCACAAGGACGUACAUGGUACACAAACACACAUACAUGAAUAAAACUGCAACCAAAGGGCUACUCGCAAUCAAACCCAGCACAAGCAAUUCACUCACCUGAAUGUGUUCCACUUUGUUGCAGAAUACACUUCCUUCAUAUACUUGCUUAGCGUUCAGAGUUGUGCGUGUGUGUUCAUGCGACAGACAUUGAUUUCUCGUGAUUAUUGUCCUCUAAAUUCUACUUGGUACGAUAACAAAUAAUAUUUAAGCUAAGAAGUGUUGAAAGAUGGGAAUUGAUUACUAAGUGUAUUUGUAUUAUGUACUCAAGUUGCUCUGGGUCGGUCGGCGUCCGAUGAAAGAUGCUCAGACUUGCACACUAAACACUCCAGACAUCAGACUGUGAAACAGAUUUAGAGAGAGCAACACACACAUGCACCAUUUUACCUUCCUCUGGUCUGGAGCAGACUUUGAAAGCUACCUGGAGCCACACAGUCAUUUGUAAAUAGUGUUUUUCUUAGGUUUUUCUCUCCUUGGUUUGGGAAGGAUGGUGCAGUACACAGUAUUAACAUGUAGUAGACCAUGCAUGUCAGUAGAGUUUUGUCUGUUACAUUUGAAUGUCACAUUUUGUUUGUCAUGCUCCUUUAUUUUGACUGUUUUUUUUUUAAUAUUCAUGUGAAUUUUAUGUCUCCCUUUUCUUCUGGUUACCAGCUGAAUUUUAGACCCCUUUGAUUUAGAUUAGCACAUGCACCUUGGUCGUAAUUAGUGCCAAGCGAUAUCAGCGUCACAACAGAAAGUGUAGAAGAGUCAUGUGCAGGUACGGAAAUUCUCACAGUGCGUCACAGAAAUGGUGUAUUACUGAUGCUCUUUAAAGGUGACAGCCACAAAUUCCUCUCAGCUCAUUCAUGCGUAACGCUUUAAUCUCAUUUAUACACCAGCUGUUUACAUUGUGUGUUUACAUUACAUCCCCGUCACAUCAGAGGUGACAUGAGUUAUAACUUGAUGAGACAGUGGAGGAGUUAGCAGUUUCAUUGCAGGAUUGCAUCCCGAAUAAUGUGCACGUAGAAUCUUGAUCACAUCGAAAGCCAGAAUUCUAAAAGAAAUAUGCAAAAAUGAAUUUGUCUAUCAGUGUUUGUAGCGAUCGCCCUUCCAAGAAAAGAUGUGUGUACUCUGACCCGACAGAGAUGUGACAGUAGAUGAACCUGUGGAAGAAUGAAAAAGCCAAAGUCGGGUGCAAUGCAGCAUUUUGCUGGAUGUGCCUGCACAUGUGAAUAUUUUUAAAUAAUUCAUGCCACUGAGGCAAUCACUCAAUGCUGCUGUUGCUGCUUAGCAGCGUGCUAACCAGCUACCUUAUCAUCCAUGUGACUGACUGCAGCUAGAGCUUCAGCUGCAUGCAUGUAUGGUGAAGUGUGUCGAGAAAACAGCUGUUAUAUUGGUAAUAACCAUAGUGGACACUGAAAGAUUUUUUUUUUAUUAUUGUAAGAAGAGAACCACAAAAGAGAGGAGCUUGUCCUGCGACAUUCAAGGCUGAAGAUGUCACUGCAGCCAACCUCCAGUCCACUUAAUAUUCGAUGGAAGCAAUGGAAAAGAUGAGAUGUGUUUUUUUUUUUUUUUAACCGCUCAUGAGAGCACAGAGGCUUUAUUAGGCAUUGCUGAUGUGAACCCUAUUUUUUCUAAGCGCUUAAUAUGAAAUUCUUCUGCUCUGGUUGUUAAAUAAAAUGAAUGUCCAUGUAUUGUACAGUCAAAAUAAGGCCACCAUCUGUAAGUUUGCAGUUCCACUUCAAGGAGAAAAAAAAAAGUUUAUGAACAACUGUAAUGACGUAUUCCACUAAAACGUUGUUUGGAAUUGUCAUUUUAGAAUCAGCGUUCUGUCAGCAAAUGCACAAGUUUCAUUGAAUUUUGAGUGAAUCUGUCUUUUUUUUUUUUAAAAA